GCGAAUGAGAGCGAGAACCAGCCGUAGCAGCGGCAGAACUAUUCCAAUGGUCUCCAUGCAUAGUUGGGGAGUAGGGGCUUUGCUGUCUCAGGUGAUUGUCACUGUGCGCGUUGUUGUGGACACCGGCGUGGGCGUAGUUGCGAGAAUGGUUAUGGCCAUGGCCAUGGUUGUGGCUAUGAUAAUGCUGGUGAACGUGAUUCCGCUGCCGAAGCUGCGUGUGAAAAGGUUGUGAUGCCGCAGAGCGAGCACAGGGGUGGAAAUGUUGGGUAUUAUUUGAUGCGUCCCUUUCCCUUGUGGGAUUGGGGCUGCAUCGGCAGUAGUAGUUGUUGUUAUUGUUGGUGGUGUGAUUGUAUGAAGUGGGUGAUGGCUCUCCGACGCGGAUGUGGACUUCAACCCUGCUACUAUUGAUUCUUAGAGUGGCUGCUGUGAU